AUGGCUGUCUUUCCUUGUGUGCUCGUAUUUUUCUUGGUCUCCUCCACUUGCGCACCUACUGUUUUUUCAGGACUGAUACGACGGGACCCUGAUAAAUGGCCUCUACCCCCAUGUAAGAUGUACAUCCCAAUGGAUUACUUUUUUGAACCAGAUGAACCCGAAUGCCCUAAUAUAACUGUCCCUGUUUGUGCUACAAAUGGCCACACUUUUCAGAAUGAGUGUUUCUUUUGUCUUGCUCAAUGGGAAUUUGGUUAUCAUAUUAAAUUUGGUAACUAUGGAAAAUGUGGGAAAGGGUAA